AUGCGCGAGUUGCUGCAGCAAAACGAGAAGAUAGUGUUGGCGCUACGAGACAUGAGUUUGAGCCCAGACGUCCUCGAAUCUCAAUUGGGUGACCACGAGCUGCGAGGGUUUUAUCAGAAGCUAAUUGACUUCUUACAGUCAAAGAAAAAAGACACAGGUGAUAGUGCGAGCUCUCCUAGCCACACGACAAAUGAUCAGCUCAGCGAUCUCUGGAUGAGCAAGUACUCGCUGCUGCUUCACUUGAAAAUGGCGCGUUGUGGAUGCGACUUGUGGAUGAAGCAAGAUGGCUCUGCUGGAGCCAGUGACGAAGAUGCCGAGAUGCUGAUAUUACUUUCGAGCGUUCACUUUGGGCCGUCACUGAUGAUCGCCAUGAACUAAGGCUCAUACUACGUGCAGGCGUUGCAGGACCCGAUUUUAAUGGCCAGCAUGCAGCAGCUCAUGGCCAACCCAAAGGACUUUGCGAUAACGGCAACACUUCAAGAGCCUGUAGUGCGGGAGUUUUUCCUAAAGCUGAUUGCGCUCUCCUUUGCGGUGCAAGAACAGAGUGACGAAGAGUGAGCUCUCACAACUCGUAGGCAUGAGAGUGUUUAUCCACCUAUAAAUGAUAAGCCACGGAGCCAAUCUAUCGUUUAAGUCCAUUAU